AUGGCGCCGCUGCUGGGCAAUUGGGAUGGAGACGCCACUCCAUCAUCACAUUCAUCCAACAAGGAUGUCGAUUCUAUGAAAAGCGUUCUCUAUGUGGAUGCCUACGACUCAUUUUCUUACAAUGUGGUCGCAAUGCUUGAGGAGACGCUGGGCGUCCAAGUCACCGUAAUGACAAUUGACUCUGACUGGCCGGACGGCAACAUGAACGAAUUCCUCCGACACUAUGAAGCGAUCGUAUUAGGUCCCGGUCCUGGAAAUCCCAAUCUGCCCAAAGACGUCGGCAUCAUGCGAGAUAUCUGGAAUCUGCGGGAUGCCGAGCUGCUUCCGGUCUUCGGCAUCUGUCUGGGCUUUCAGAGUUUGUGUCUACACUACGGUGUCCCGAUCGAGCGUCUGCCUUAUCCACUGCAUGGUCAGGUCCGGCAUAUUUCAACAACAUCAAAGGAUAUCUUUGAAGGCCUAUCCGAUGUGGAGGUUACGCUUUAUCACUCGCUGUACGCCAAUCUGGAUGCCGUGAGCAGACCGCGGGGUUUGCCGUCUGACGAUCUUGAAUUCUUGGCGUGGCUUCCUCUUGAGAAGCGGUCUGGUUCGGUAGCCCAAAUACCAAUGGCAGUCUGUCAUCGCCAAAAGCCAUUUUGGGGUGUUCAAUUUCAUCCUGAAUCUUGCAAGUCGGAAAAGGAUGCUUGCAAAACGUUGCUGUUGAAUUGGUGGCGCAAGGCUCUUACGUUUAAUAAGAUCGUCGGGCGCGGGGGAUAUGCGAUCCUUCCUGAGACGAUCAUCACUCCACACGAAGAUACAAAGUGCUUCCCGGAAAUCGCAUAUGAAAUGUUGAAGUGGAGCUCAUCCACGUCUUCCUCUUCGGCAUGUCGAUCUCUCAAUCGAGGCAAUUUGACUGCAGAGUCUAUCAGCGAGCUGUUCAACAAGCCUGGAGCACCGACAGUGCUGUUUCAGUCAAAUGGUCGCUAUAACAUCAUUUCAGUUCCUAGCCCUGGUUCAUGGCGAUUCGAAUUCAACGUUGAGUUUCUGAAGUUGAUCAUGUAUCAACUCAACGCUGACGGCAAAACAGUCGAAGAUUCCUUGACCGUCACUCAAGUCUGGGAUGCUCUUCGAUACUUGAUGGAAAUGAAAAAGGUCCACUCGGGCAGCGCUGGAGUUCCCUUCUGGGGUGGCUUCCUGGGAUAUUUCUCCUACGAGCUGGGCCUGGCCUGCCUGCCUCAUCCCAAGGGAUCUUCGACGCCGCCAACAUCUCAUGAAAGCGCUUCCCGCAAAUCGUCCCAGAGUUCUGGAAACAAUCCGGCCGACGUUAGUUUAUUAUGGUGUGAAAGGAGCAUCGUCAUCGACAACACCACUGGAAAUAUCAUCAUACAGUCAACCUGCGAGUUCGAUAACCUGCCAUGUGGCUGGCUCGACGAGACAUUGCAACUGCUACAGGAGUCUUCUGGAGCCGUUCAAAACAAUGAAACUGUCGAUACCCAAUUCCUAGACUCUAUCCUCCGAGAUGGUCAAAUCACAUUCCCAGAGGAAGCGACCUACAAACAGCAAAUCGAGGCUUGCCAAGCCGAACUAGAAGCCGGUGAAUCAUACGAGCUCUGUCUAACAUCUGAGACAUCAAUCACACUACCGACCCCCGCAACAGAAGAAGACCAAGCCAUUUUCCCCUGGAAACUAUACAAGAAACUAAGAAAAUACAACCCGGCCGCAUUCAGCGCCUUCGCAGACCUCGGCCCCGCCAAAAUCGUCAGCAGCAGUCCCGAAUGCUUCCUCAACUGGGACCGCACCUCCAUGCUAGAAAUGAAACCCAUGAAAGGGACCGUCCGCAAAACACCAGACAUGACCAUGGAAAAAGCCCGUGAAAUCUUAGGAACGACGAAAGAAAUGGCCGAGAACCUGAUGAUCGCUGAUUUAAUUCGCCACGAUCUAUACGGGAUCUGUGGAUCAGGCGGUGUUCGCGUCGAGAAGUUACUUGAAGUCGAGGAUCAUGGGAGAGUUUACCAGAUGAUCACGCAUGUGAAGGGUGAAGUUCGCGCAGAACAACUCGGGUAUGCUGUAAGGCAUAUGCCUCAGUUGAAAUCGUCGAAUAUGGCCGUUCAUGGUCUCACAGCGCUUCAGCGUUGUCUGCCUCCGGGGUCCAUGACUGGUGCGCCGAAGGAGCGCUCGUGCUUACACCUCCGGCACAUUGAAGCGCGGAAGCGCAGUAUCUACUCUGGCGUGAUGGGGUAUCUUGACCUUGGCGGCGGAGGAAGUUUCUCAGUUCUGAUUCGAACCGCUUUUACUCGCUUCCCAGAUGAGACUCAAAGCCAUCAGACGUGGAGGAUUGGUGCCGGUGGCGCAGUGACUACCCUCAGCACAGCCGAGGGCGAAUGGCAAGAGAUGUUGACCAAGCUGCGGACCGUGUGCAACGUGUUUACUCCGUCAGAGCCCAUAGCGUCGGGACUUUAG